UCGCUCAGUUCCGAAAGCGGAGCCAGAGAGUCGAAAGCACGCUCGAAGCUCGGUCUCUCGGUACGCGCUCGGUUCGGAGCUAUGCUCCCUCGCGAUCAUUUGACACGUUUCCCAUCUCCAUGCUGACAUAUCCUCGAGCAACUCCUUAUAACCUAUCUUCUUGUUCGUCCUUCUCUCCUUUCAAGUGUUCCACGUCGGCUCGAGAGUGCUUCGUAAAUCGAGAUACCUUCUAGUUCAUCGUGUUUCGACGAGACUACGAAAGUAGACUUUUUCCAAAGGAAAUCUUGUCUGGCACAUUUCGUUGCUUUCGAAUCUUCGAAAGGCGUCGUUGGCGCUGUGAAAGUUCGUGAAUGACGGUCGAUAAGGCGAACGUAUCGUCCAACUCCGAGAGGAAGAGGAAUUCGGAAAGGUGGAAUAACGUACAACGAGGGGCAAGAGGUGGAGGACGAGGCGAAAUGCGAGCAAAACAUUGACGAGGAUCCUCGAUGUCGAGGCGCUCGACUCGUGCCGGUCAGUGAUGCCGCCAUUGAUGCAUCGAUGCUGACUUAUUCGACGUGUACGGUGCUCCAACGGAUUAUUCGACACGGAUGACAGUCGGACGUUCGCGUAGUAAUCGUGAUACUGUCGAUCAUUUCGUCUGAGAGAGAGGGAGAGAGAGACAGAGAGGGAGAGAAAGAGAGAGAAAGAGAGAGUCAAAGGUGGCGGGUAGAAUACUGCGAAGGGUGAAAAUUUAGCAGUGAUGCCGUGAUGGGCUGCAGCUCGAGAUCGUUCGUCUUGACCACGCUCUUCGUGGGUGGAUUACUUCUGGUUCUGCUCUUGAGCGAGAUAUCCGGUGCAACGCGCCUUAGACAACGUGCGAGCACCACGGAUUCUCCGAGAACCGGUUCCGGUAACGGAGCGAUCGUUUUGGCGCUUCGCGGUGGAAGACAAGAGGGUGGUCGGCGAGCACGAAGAACGACGACGUCGACAACGACGACGACGACAAGUACAACGAAAAGCACGACGACGUCGUCGUCGACGUUGAUAUCCUUCGGCGAGGACGUCGCGCAGCCUGCAGCACUUUUAGCUCCCGAAGAAGAGACAUGGUCCGUUAGUUCCUCGACAACGAGCAAUCUUCCGUUUUCUUUUCCUUCGAGCGGCGUGUCCACGUCGUACGCAAGACCCGUCUCUACGAGACCACAUUUGGAACUUGUCGUAAAACCACAUAGCAAGGUCAUUUUGCCUUGCGAACUCGAAGGGAAUUAUUCUAGGCUGCUUUUAUCAGGAUCAAGAAGUUACAGAAUACAUGGGAAUCCGGCUGUAUGGUUGCACGAAGGAAAUCCGGUGGACAUGCUCACGAUAAACACGAGAACGGAAAUGAGCGGAACUGGUCACAGAUACAUCGGUGAUUCUACUACAGCAGCUUUGCAUAUAGAUAACGUCAGAUUGGAAGACGACGGAAUGUGGGAGUGUACCUUGGAACACGAUCAAGAAGAGUUCCUUUUGGGGAGACCGAUCAAGCUUGUUGUUCUCGAAGCACCUCGGGGGACGUACCUGCUAAUAGAUGGGCGCAGACUGGAUCCAGGAAACCAGUUCGUGCCUGUUAAGGAAGGCUCCGAGCUGACAUUGGAAUGCGCCGCCGAGGGUGGAAACCCACCACCGGUUUUGGCAUGGGGCAUGAUCCUAUCCCAAGCCACUUUGGACGGUCCCGAACAACCACCGGAUAACCUCACAGUCUUACCUUCGACGUCCGCUAGACACAGUGGAGCUCACCUUAAAGUCUUGAGGGGUCACCACAAUGCCACCAUCGUUUGCGUGGCCCGUCACGUCACCCUUACUGUGCCGAUGAACGCCAGCAUUUUGUUAGACGUUCAAUAUACUCCAUCGUUCGCGAUAACGCGUUUACCUGGAUUUGGAAUUCCCAUCGUCGAGGGAAUGUCUGUCAGCCUAAAAUGCGAGGUGGACAGCAAUCCUGUGAGCACCCCGAUAUGGCAGCGGGACAAUGGACUACUUCCCGUCGAGCAGAGCGAUGACGGAUGGUUGAACUUUACAAAAAUCACUCGUGCCGAGAGCGGCUGGUACAAAUGUUACACUCGGCACAUGCUCGGAAUUUUCACCAGUAUUGGUUAUUUCCUGAACGUUCGCUAUGAUCCAGAUAUGGAGACCGAGGCAGAGGCAUUGAACGGGGAGGCUACCGAUUCAAGGAGGAUGGAGGUGCAGAUCGGCGGGGCGGUGACUCUCGAGUGUGACGGCGGAUGCUGGGGUCACGGACCUGGAAUGGAUCCAGUGGGUGGGCCAGGACCUCUUGCUUUGAGCCGGGUCGUCUAUCAAGAAGCAGGAGAGUACAGAUGCGUAGCUCCUGAUCGGAAAAUGCAGGACACGUGGCGGGCUCAAUUACCCUACCAUAUUAAGGUCACCGGACGACCCAUGGUUUAUCCACCCAAUCAAACGGUGACAGCCAACGAGGGCGAACCCUUGGAUGUCAUCGUCGAGUUUUGUGCAGAGCCCAGUUAUACACGAG